AGCGGUACGAUCAAAGAAACUCCCUGUUCAGUUUAAACGGCAUUCGGCUCGUAUCGCGUAUUCGUCACUAUUCCGUCUGAACGGUUAAUUAAUAAAAAGUGUGUAUUUUGUUUUUUGAUUAAAUUUUUUGUGGUUUUAAUUAUUACUGACUCGUAAUUAUGGAGUGGACUGACGAAGUAUGCUUACAAUUAAUACACUUAUAUAAAAUGAGACCGAUUCUUUGGGAUCCUACUGAUCCUCAAUAUAAAAUGGGCAAGAAAAAAUUAGAUUUUUGGACGGAAAUAAGCAAAGAACUUAAGUUAGAUGUAAAUGAAGUGAGGAAAAAGAUGGACAGCCUUUUAGCUUCUUUCCGAAGAGAAAGGCAACUGGAAGCCAGCAGUGGACGUUCAGGAGCUGGAACAGAUGAGAUUUAUCAUUCAAAAUGGUUUGCGUUUGAGGAAAUGAAGUUUUUGAAUGAUAAAUUUAAACCUCGGAUUACCAAAGAUACUAUUGAUCCAUCUGCCACACACAAAGAACAUGAUGAACCACGUGAAGCUAUUGAAAUCGUCGAAGAUCUAACUGAAGAUGAUAGAGAACGUGACACAAAUGAAGAACAACCUCAAAAAGAAAAAGUUUUUGUUUCACCCCAAAAACCCACAGGAUUAAAAAGAAAAAAAGUUCAAGAAGACCCUAGAAUAGCAGAAACGUAUCAAAUAAUAAAAGAAAUUUCCAAUAAAAGGCAAACACCAAAAGUGAAGAGCGACAAUACUGUUUUCGGGGAGUAUGUUGCUAGUAAACUGGAAUUAUUUGAUCAACACACAAAGACAAUACUUCAACAUCAAAUAAGUAGUCUGAUUUGUUCCGCUGAAAUCAACUAUAUUCAUAAUCAUAACAAAACUGGCAAUCAAGCUCUUCAACUCAAUAUUAAUAAUCAGCCUUCAGCUAAUACAAUGUUAUUUUCAUCUCCACUGUCAUCACCAAGUUCAUCAUCUCUUCAUUCAAUACCUUCAAUUCAACCACAG